ACCACCGCCGUUACGCGUGAGUCAGUGCGGGAUCGGACGGAGGCGACGCACGCAAAAUGGCUUCGGGCGACAAUGUGGACGUGAUCGAGGUGGUCGAGACGACGAACUUCCCCGGUCCGGCGCAGCCUAAAGCGGACCACCUCAAACCGGAACAGUCCACCGUCGAUGAGGAUUAUAAGUCGACCGGAGAAAAAACAACAGCGUUUGACAGUUCGGUAGUGCAACAUGGUACCACAGGCGGAAAGAACCCCGUGGGGGUGUCGCGAAACAAAUCGGAGCGAGAGAGGAAGAUCGGUCAUCGAAGAGUUGGAGUGGGAGGUGAAAUCACGUAUAAGAAGAUCCAAACCACACAAAUUAUGGGAUCUAUACAGUUGGGCAUACAACAUGCUGUUGGCGGUCUUGCGAGCAAACCCGAACGCGAUUUAUUAAUGCAAGACUUCAUGACAGUGGAGACAACGAACUUUCCUAGCGAAGGAUCAAAUCAUACUCCAGCCCAUCACUUCUCGGAGUUCAAGUUUAAAAACUAUGCACCCAUUGCAUUUCGUUAUUUUAGAGAUCUCUUUGGUAUUCAACCGGACGAUUUUUUGAUGUCAAUGUGUAGUGCACCACUGCGCGAGUUAUCAAAUCCUGGUGCUAGUGGGAGUAUCUUUUAUCUAACGGAUGAUGAUGAGUUUAUAAUAAAGACUGUACAACAUAAAGAAGGAGAGUUUUUACAAACCUUACUUCCAGGAUAUUACAUGAAUCUAAAUCAGAAUCCAAGAACUCUGUUGCCAAAAUUUUUUGGGUUGUACUGCUAUCGAUGUAAUAGUAAAAACGUUAGGUUAGUGGCUAUGAAUAAUCUUUUACCUUCGUCUGUAAAAUUACAUCAAAAAUACGACCUGAAAGGAUCUACGUAUAAGAGAAAGGCAUCGAAAACGGAACGUUCGAAGUCUUCUCCAACGUAUAAAGAUUUAGAUUUCAUGGAGCACCAUCCAGAGGGCAUCUUCUUGGAAGCUGAUACGUACAGCGCACUAGUAAAAACUAUACAACGGGAUUGUCGUGUAUUAGAAAGUUUCAAAAUCAUGGAUUAUUCUUUGCUCGUUGGCAUUCAUAAUCUCGAUCAAGCUGCAAAAGAAAAAGCACAAGAGCAAAGAUUAUCAGCGAGCGCUGAUGAAGAAGUUGGGGAAGUAGGCGAGUCCGAUGGAUUCCUACAAAAUGAAAGAGAAAAAGAAAGAGAAGAUAGAAUAGGCGCUACCGCUUUAAAUCGAUCGCGCAGUAUAAAUCGUCAAAGAUUAGUUGCUCACAGCACGGCGAUGGAAAGUAUACAGGCCGAGAGCGAACCGAUAGACGAGGAAGAUGACGUACCUUCAGGCGGCAUUCCUGCCAGAAACGCGCGUGGCGAACGCCUUUUACUAUUUAUUGGUGUUAUCGACAUUUUGCAAAGCUACAGGCUGAAGAAAAAGUUGGAACAUACGUGGAAAUCGAUGAUUCAUGACGGAGAUACCGUAUCGGUUCAUCGGCCAGGAUUUUAUGCGCAACGUUUUCAAGAUUUCAUGGCCAAGACAGUAUUCAAGAAAAUACCAUCACUGGAUCUGCCUGAGAUUAAGGGGAAUCAUCGCAAAUUCCGUAACCUCGUCACCAGCUACAUAGCUUUGAAACAUUCCCCAUCAAAGAGAAAAAGCAUCACCAGACCGCUGAGGCCGUUGGAGGGUGACUUUGAUUCAACCGCGGUGGCGGCAACUGGAGGUACGACAGUGCAUGCUACAUCACCUACGAAGGCCGGUGGCACCCUUCCUUCUACCUGUUCCACCCCGCCCCCGCCUUUUGACGAUGCAGUCCGCUCGAACGACCAAACCUUGGCUUCCGGUGGUCAUCUGCAGCAGCCGGGUACCAUCCUCUCGAGCAGCGGCCAUGCGAAGCAGAACAAAGUUGUUCAUCACGUUACCCUCACCAAGACGUAUCACGACAGUGUGAGGAAAAGGAAAAUUAUAUCGGACGUGCAUUUGGAGAGCAGCGGUAGCGGAAGCGGCAGCGGCGGCAGAGAAACCAAGUCGUCGCUGAGCGUUGAAAGUGGUGGCAGCAGCCGAGGUGGCGGUGGUCUCACUUGGACUCCGCCAGCAGGAAGCGCCGAAGGUUCGACACCCACGUGGACCGAAGGCACGCCGUCCUUCACCGAGAGUUCCAGUAGCGGCGACAUAGGUUGCCCGACGACACCGAUCAAGGGUGCUCAACGUCAGGACGACGGUGGAAGGAUCGCGGCCACCGUGGAGGAAGCACUGGCGAGUCUCACAACCGAAAUGAAACGUACGGCCUCUUUGGAACGCUCCAUGCGAGAGAGUCGGACUGUCUGAACGCUUUGUCUAUUUCCCUGAAUCAGGAGAUACUGCAGCGCGAGUGAAAAUGCACGACUCUCUCGUCGUCGUCCUCCUCCUCCACUAAUCUCCGUGCGCAACGUGGGUGAUCUGCACCAUCUAACGACGAAAUCUUCGAGAGAGAAAGGGAGAGAGAGAAAGAGAGAGAGAGAGAGAGAGAGAGAAAGGGAAUGAGAGAGAAUGCAUGCAAACGAAUGUGGAUGCGAAAGAGGAUUGCAGAAUGAUUAGCGAAACAUGGUUUAACCCUUGACUGGUCGCGUUAGAACAGGUUGUUAUAAUUAUUGUUUUAAUAUGUACAUAAUUGUUUAUUUUUAAAUGAUAAAUUUUGUGGUUUAUAAUCGGCGCGCUCUGACACUGGUGUUGGCAUUGAAAAUUUCACACACACUGCUCCGUGCAAAAAAGGAGAUGGUGCUUGUAUUUUUGACUCUCUUUCUAUUUGUUCAUCGUUUGUUUCACUUUCCGUUCCGCUAUAUUUUUAUCCGUUCUCCAUUCAAGCAUCUUAGAAUAAAGGACGACUUCUAAGAUCGAAUUUGUGUCUAGAAUCUUGUGGUAUGUUUGUUCGCUGUGUAUUAUUGUAAUUAAAUUUCUUGUCGCAACUUACUUGAUCGCACGACUACUUAAGGGUUAAAAACAAAGGAGGAUAAUAACAUAACGAAUAGCUCGGGGAUCGAGGCGAAUUUGUUAGAAACGAGAGGAAUUGCAUGAGUGAUCGAUUCAUUCCAUUUUGACAACGCGUUCGUGUUUCAUUCCACCAAUGAAACGUUUGUACUUAACGCGAUACUCAGAAAACACACGUUUUACGUGCAUUUCGGUAGAGACGCGUUCGUCUCGAUCCGCGACUACAUAUAUAUAGUAUUAAUCCGUUAUUCACAUGUAUAUCUGUAUACAUAAAAAAAAAAAAACAAAAAAACAAUAUGGGCGAUUAUCUCACUCGAUUGUGCUUCCCGUUGCGAUAAGGGAAACACUUUCGAAUAUCCUUAUAUGGGCAUCCUUAUAAAUCUUCCUGAGUAUAGGAGAGUCAAUAAAUACGUAUAUAUAUAUACAUCAUUACGGUUAUAUAUUUAAAACAAAAGAAAAGACAACGUGAUAAUCGUCGGCCUACAGUACUCGAUAACGCUUUUGACAAUUGUUCGAAAUCGGCUUUGAGAAGCGGUUAAAAUGCCAUUCCCAAGAGCCAAAAUGUUUUUCUAUCAACUUUUGAAAAAAGACUGACUGUAAGAGAACAAUCUCAAUCGUUGUGAAUAUACAUAGGUUCUUGAUCGAUAUAUUUUUAUUUCAUCUUCUAAGCCACGCGGAGAAUUUUAUUUUAUGAGAUAUUUAAAUAAUUGAGGAUAUUUUUCGCAAAAGUAACAAGACACAAAUAUCACGACAUAUAUUAUUAGAUCGCAAAUUGCGUCGUAAGCAAUUUACAAAAGAUUACAAUUAUAUCAGAAGUAGAUGUAGAAGAUUGUAAGGAAUUAAAGUUGCGGAGAAAAAUUGUGCGCGCAGAAUGGCAUUUUAUUCACUUUUUCAAACGCUUUCACGCGUAAUCUAUUAUCCGCACAUUAACUCACGCGUCUCUUUCCUAAUCGAGUCAUCGCCGUCGAUAAAUCGAUAUAUCAUAAGUUUAAACCGAUUAACACUCACUAACACGUAAGAGGUGUGAGAUCGUAUGCAAUGCAAAGUUGGCAUUGUCGGUGAUGCACGAAAAAGCGGCUGUAUAUAAGUAUAUAAAGUAAUGCUUGCGCAUAGUUCGGCUAGCAAAAAAAAAAAGGCCCGCGCGAUUCCUUUUUAUUGCGGUAUAUAUAUAUAUAUAUAUAGUGUUAGUGUUAUGUACAUGUAUAUCUAUAUGUGUCUCUCACGUUUUGUCUGUCUUCUGUAUGUAUCUAUACAUACACAUGUUUGUACACACACGCAAAAAAAAACGUGUGUACCUCGUGUAUACAUAUAUUAUAAAUACAACGUGCGUGUACUCGCAAAGGGAACGUCUCGAGUUGUUCCUUCCGAAUUCUGAUGAGCUUUGGAUUUUGUAUAAUUUUUACGCGAAAUAGAUUUAAAAAAAAAAAAAUAAAAUAACUUCAAAUUCGUGCGUGGUAACAAAAAUUGCGCCAAUCAAUUUUUUUGUGGUACAUUUGAUCAUGGCGAUCGAAGUGUUUCGGAUAAUGAUAAUACACGGAGAAGAAUAUAUUCUUCUCUAUUUUAAAAAUAUAUUUGUAUCUUAAUGAAUUUUUUGAUUGCCUUAAGUGUGAGAGAAAUUAAACUUAUAAAAUCUGAACCUAUUAAUAUAUUGUAAGAGUUACCGAGAGAAAAGAGAAA